UGGUUGCAGUUGAACAAAAAAGUGCACCUCCCCGACAAUGCGACUGUAAAUGACACAUAAGACUAAUUAUUGUAGAUUUCAUUUUAAUUUAUGGUGACUACAGUGAAUUGGAUGUAAAGAAAACCAGCCGCCGCCGCCGACAACGACGACUACAGUAUGUAACAUUGAUGGUGAAGUUGAUGAUUCCAGUUGAUAAAUCCGUCUCAUACGUCUCUACACACGGUGUGGUGGUGCGGUACUUGUGCGUUUGGUGGUUUGUGCUGUGCAUUGGUCAAUUGAGAAUCUGUAGAGCUGGUAGGAUUCAAGUGGAUUUGCGCAAAACUCUUUAUGUUUCGAGAACGAGCGAAAAAAAACAACGGAGUUCUACUAGUGAGACGCAUUGGCCUUGAUCAAACUAGGCACCGCCGCAUAAUAGAAUAAGGUCGGCUCUACACGUUUCUAAGUUUUUCUUAACCCUUUCAGGACCAUAUUUGUUUCUACGCAAACACCAGAUUAUCAAAGUUGACUCGUAGGUCUCGGAAGGGUUAAAACCUUGUCAGAGCCAGAUAUGGCAAAAAUCAAACUCAAAUUGCGAUUCUCAGCUUGAUUCUAAGCGCUCUUGAUCCUUUUAAUGAAGAUUUGUGUGUAGAGCUUACCGUAGAAUGACGAACUCGUUGUAUCCAUAGAAUUAGAUGGAACAACUAUGCCUAGAACUAUUUAAGUCCCAAACAAAGCGACCAUUACAGAGCACAGCCCCAUAGAGUUCCGAUAAACAAAUAUACCCGAAAAUAAAUAAGAAAGCAACAUCGUCGGUCAGUUGGUCGCGCGCGCGCCGCCGGUUGUCCGGAUGCAAGUACGAACGACCGGACAAACGUAUGAGAUUUAACCUUGAAGAAGUUUAUUGACGUGCGUGCUGGUUAGUGUUUGCUGCUGUAGGGAGCCGCAGUACGGUUUGGGUUCGUCUUUCGCGCAUAUGUUGAAUCAUCUCUGGAGCAGAUCGAACGUUGCUGGUGACAAUACAUGUAAUAGUUGUCAAUUGUGGAAGAGUGCCCUCAUCAACCAUACAGGUGUGCCUGCUGUGUCUACUCCGAAUGGUGCCAUAGGUAGCGGCAAAACUGGUACUGCUGAGAAAACUGAACGCACAAAAUGGUGGACACAACGCCGCUCCUGCAUUUGCGCUUAUUGCGUGAAGAGUUGUUAGACCUCGACGUAGAAGACAUCAAGGAUGCUCUCAUUGAUAAACAAAUCUUCAGUGACGGCAACCUAAGGGAAAUCCUACAGGAAACAAAUGAAGGGUUUCGUUUGGAUUUGAUUUUUACUAUACUGGAACAGAAAGAAAAGCAAGAAGGGCACGUGCAUAUAGUCACUGAAUUUCUAAAGGUUCUCGAACCUUUCUACAGCUGGAUCGUUAAACGCUACACAGAAGACAGAAGAAGUGGUUGCCAAGCUGGUCGGAUUAAUCGGUACCUGUCGUAUCGUACCAACACAACAGUGCCGAGCAUCGACGAGCUGAACGUAUACCGGCGGGAGCAAAUCUGGAAGAUCCAGAAACAUCUAAAGCAACUUAAGCAUGGUGUUAGCGGCCAGCGAUAUCUGUUCGUGUACGGAGGCUUCGGUACUGGCAAGUGGACGCUGGUUAGCCAGGCCUGCGAAAAUUUCACUAUCGUCGAGCACAUGGGCUUCCACAUAUUCUACCUGAGCUUGGCCAACUGCAAAACAGACGCCCAGAUUCUCGAGCAGCUUGAAAAUCUCAACCUUCAAAUGGCAACCGAUUGUAAAAGCGAAGACGUCACCUACAACGGUCGAUAUCCCACGAAUGAGAUUUUCUUUCGGAAGAAGGGUCUCAUCCAAAUUUUCGAAGAUCGCUUCAAGCGAAGCUUGCUCAUCUUAUCCCACGUUCGUGACCCAUCCUUGAUCGAGAAAUUUGACCUGAAAUGCAAGACGCUGGUCGUUACGAGCAGCAAAGAUGUCAUCAACAAAGUUAACGAAAACGAGCGCUUCGUGGUCAAAGUGGAACCGGGAUUCACCGAGGAUGAAAGUAUGGAGCUUUUUGGGAAAGCACUACGCGUAAUGUCGGACUAUCUGCCAACCGAAGCCCACGACAUCUACCAUAUGUGCAAAGGUAACCCGUUCGUGAUUAAGCUGAUCGCCCGGAAGAUGCGAUCGGAGUUUGCAGAAACGGACAGCAUCACAUCGAAUCCGCGUGUGGCAGAAGUUUGGAAAAAGCUUGCCAAUGAUUUGGGCAAACACUCGAUUACGAUAGAAAACUUCACCAUUCGGUCGAUACUGAACCAGCUGGACGACACGGAACAGGCGGCAUUCCGCAGUUUGUUGGUGUUUCGAGAUAACGUCAAGAUUCCACAUAGUGUCCUCCAACGGUACUGGGGCCUGACUGCGGAGGAAACGGAGUACCGCAUAUCCAAGCUGAUCAACAAAGGCUUGCUGGACAAGCGAGUCGUCAAUCAACGAGAAUUUUUCGUACUGCAUUACGUAUGUUAUAGUUUCCUACUAAAAGAAAGGCCGAGAGAAAAUUAUGCUAACCUCCAUCAGCGAUUGGUCGAAAGCUAUAGAAUCUCCGACGCACUCUACAACCGUACCGAGUUGGACCUACUGAAGUUCUUCCCAAACGAUCACUACUUCCACUUCUACGUCGCUAUCCAUCUGGAGCAAUCAGGGCUGCACGAUCUAUUUCCGAAACUUUUCACGGACUUUGGCUUCCUGGAGCAGAAACUCCGCUACACGGGCCUGCCAAAUACGGUCGGGGACUUGAAACUGUUUCAGGAGCGGAUCUUCGCCCACAUGACGGAUCCGGACUUCUAUGCGGAGCUGCUGACCGAGUUUCUCAUGGGAGCGGAGGUGCUGCUGUCGAAAUCGGCCGAUACGUGCCUCCUGCAGCUUGCCCUGAACUGUACCGGACCGAUUGCGGACGAAGCAAAACGGCAAGCGGCCAAGUACAACAACCGCGUUUGGUUCUGUGACAUCGAUCACACCCACCAGCACCAGCUGAUUCAGGUGCGAAGUGCGCCGCAUAAAGUGCGUUUACAAGAUCCGGAAUCAGCGCUAGUAAGCUUGGACAACAAUCAAAUCUCUCUGGUUGAUCUAUCGCCAUGGUACUCAGCUCCAGCUACCAUAUUCGACGGUAAUGAUGGUCGCGUCAGAGACAUGCAGAUGAUCAACAACAAUGUCCUCAUAGCGCUGGAUGUCAAAGGAACGCUCUCAAUAUGGUCUAUGCGGAACACACCUCAGGACCGAAAUGCCAGACAACACGAGAGCGAUGGCAACAUUCGUAGCAAAGCGCAAAGUUUACGAUCAUUCAACCAUGGAGAAGAUCCUUUUGUGAGUUUUUGCAUUGUGUCCAAUGACAAUACCGGUAAUACUCCAACGAGUCUUUUCGCAAUCACCAAAAACGGGGUGCUGUACUUUUAUAAAGGGCUCAGUACUUUUUCCUUGCUCAAUCAUCACGAUACAAGGAUCAAAAACACCUACAUGAUCAAACCAUUGAUUGGCUCAACUGCGUUACCUAAACUACUACUCCUAACUGAAGACAACCUCGGAUGUAUUUUCAACCUAACAUCGACUAGCACCGAGUGCCGCUUCGAGGAACCUCAAGUGGUCAACAUCCACAAUCUUGGAAGCAGACUAAUCUCAGUGUGUGCCAAUCAAAUUCGAUUGCGAACGUUUUGUCGAGAUCAUCGGAACCAACUGCAAACUGAACGAGUAGAGCUAAUCUACGAAACACCGGUUCAUCAUCAGAAUACCUGCAGUGCUAUCUCGGAAGAUAACGAAUAUAUUGUCCUAGGAACCACCCAGGGGAUCUCCAUAUUCAGUAUUCGUGAUCGCGUGGAAGUCCUCAGGACUAACAUCAGUCACAACAUUCUGGAUGUGGAUAUCUACUCUUUGGAUGACGAUCGCUAUCGUUACAUCUUGAUCUCCUCGUCCGAGGAUAGCGGAAACGUGAUCAACAUGUACUCGUUGAUGGUAACGGCUACCAACCAGAUGGUCAGCAAUCAGUACCAACUGCAAGGCAACACCAACUUCCUCGUUGAUCUGGAUCACGAACCGGUACGGGUAAAGACGAUUGACCGUAAGCGUGUCAUCCAAGAGCUACAGUUCACUGCCGUUCAAGAGCGCGAUGACUUCAACAAGCUGUCACCUACAAGUGAAAACGCCGCUCUGGCAAGUGAAGUCCAACAGCUGAUUCAGUCUCCGUCCGGGUUCUACAUUGGCUUGAAGAAUGGCGACGUGCUACGAUUGACGGACUGGUGCAACCCUAAGGACGGCCCCCACCCGGAAACCAUAAUUCAUCUGGGCGAACCUGUCACCUUGCUGAAGCACUACGAAGGCGUUCAGGUGCUAGUAGCCGCUACGGAGAAUAGAUGCGUGAUCAUUGUCGAAGGCAGCGUGGUGCGCCAGAUCGAUGAGGAGAUUUGCGAGUGCUACAUGCACUUGGACCACUAUUUGGUGCUAAUCUACGAAAACUGCACCGUUGAGAUAUUCAAUGUGCAAUCUAAGGCCGUCGAGCGAACCCUCAGCCAACGGCUAAUCUUUGGUGCAUCGGCAUUCAAUGAGCAAUGUCUGAUCAUCUGUACGAGCGAAGGUGCUAUCGAGCAGCUGAAAUUUAAUCCCGCCGAAGACGAUCGCCUGGAAAUACACGUUCAGCACAUCCACGAUCUGGCGGAGAACCCUGCGCCAAAGUGGGGAAGAAUUUCCAGCUGUGCCAUGUCGCCCCAGGGAGAACUGCUUGCCAUCGGAUAUAAGCGAGGUGCCAUAGAAGUGUACAACACCGAAGAACGCAAGGUGAUCGCAACGCUCGAGUCCCACACAUACGAAGUGGCAUCGAUGUACUUUAGCCCUUGGCAGGACCCGAACAGCCCCCACAUUCUGGUCAGUAUUGGAGAGCAGAUCGUAUUCUGGAACUUGGACUACGUUAUCAACAAUCCGCCCCGGUUGGACUCGAACGAUGUUAAGAGACGCUCCAACCGCUACAAGUCGCGAUCUUCUGUCGCAUCUCCCGCCAUAGAUAUUCACCAUCGUUCAUCAUUCGGAAGUCCAUCAUCUGGACUCUCAUCGCCAUAUGCUGGUAGCCCCGCUCAAAACGGAUCGUUUUCCUUCGACGUAGAUGAUGUUGGCCUCCAGUGGCUCAGCAGAGUAGGGCCCUCGAACAAGCCCCAACUGCUGUCGUGCAUCAAGCUGAUCGGAUCGUCGGCCAAGAAGCUGAUGAUCAGCAGAGAUUUCAACAAGUUUUUCACCAUCGACGACGAAGGUUACCUCUACUAUUUGAGAUUGUAUCAACCGGGCAGCAAUCAACUAACCAUCAGCGUCGAGACCCCCAUCAAAGGCCGUCCUGCCAACGGGUCCUUCCUUAUCUGACUAAGGUCCCGGGGAGUUACUCGAUCGGUGCUGACUUCGAUCUACUACAUGUUGAUGUAUAUCUUUUAUACUGCCAUAUUGAACUAGCUUGCAAGUAGUGAUCAACCUAUUCGUAUCGGUGACAGCAAGCAGAUUUCGACGGUUGAAAACGUCACAAACGCGAGCGAGCAUCGCGUGACUCCCCACUUUUUUUUUAUUACAUACUUAAGUAUAUUACUAUUUUACAUAAGUCCAACUAGAUUGUAAGCGAUAAAGACGUUACAGAUAUUAAGUGUGAUAAGAUUUUAACGACAAAAAAGCGAGAAGAAAAGACGAACAUUCUUUUUCCAAUUUUACAAGGUAUUACUAUGUAAACGAAACAAAUUUUUACCUACAAAAAAUUUUACACUUAGGCAAGAUAAGAUUCGCAAUCGUGAGAAUAUAGACCUGAUUCGAGAAAUGAUGUGGCGUUAAACGAAAUUUUUAGCAAUUUUAGAAGCAAUUCUGUAGUAGGCAAACGCAAAAUUUUAGACUUAAUAUGUUCCGUCACACUCUGGCAUUUACUUAUCACUUGGAUAUAGUUUUUAUCCUUAGUUUAUUGCUCAAACGAAUGCAUUUGUUUGCCAUAUGUGUUGAAUAGAUUUACCUCUUUUUAUGGAUUUCACUUAUCUUAUUUUAUUUCUAUCGACAUGGCGACCGUAGCGUAUAAUAUGGCGACCACUCAAGUUUAUUUUUUUAUCGCAUUUCCAAACGUAUACAGUUGCAUCCCGUAUUGUACGAGCACCAAGCACAAGCCUUACGUAGUAUGGACCAUUCAACCCCUAGCAGAAGGCGAAUCAGAAUUCUAUGAGGCUGUCUUUGGUGUUCGUAAUGAUGUUUCGAGUAUUCUUUUCAUUUAAAUCGACGAACGGUUUUUAAUAAAUGUAAAUCAAUUACAAA